UUGGUAUCAGUCGGUUUGCAGAGUUUCGCGUGUGCGGUCGAAAUAAAAUCAACGAGACAAACAACAAGAAAAGAAAGAGGUGACAAAGGGAAACAGCAAGAAUGAAGAGAGACUAAAGAAAGCAACGAAAAUCUGGCUAUGUCUGGGCGCGACUUGUUGACAGUUUGAAUUAUGUGCUAAACGAGUGAGAAAAAAUACUACAAAAAAAAUAAAAUAAAACAAAAUAUAAGAAAAAAACAUAAACAUAAAAAAGUAGAUCGAUGCAUGUGAUUAACAUAAUUAAUGCUGAACGAACGGGGAAAACCUGAAACUGAAUUUCACGAAAAAUCUCAAGAAAUCUAAAGAAAAUCUUUGCCUUGUCUAAGUUAACGGUACGCACUUAACGCAUUUAGUUAACGUGUUUCCUUGCUCAUUAACCUAUCAUUGCAUUAUUAUACAAAAUUGCAUAAAGACAACAACAAGUUCUGUAGCGAAAACCAGUAGAAGAAGAAGAAGAUGCUGCUGCUCCACUUACAUCAUUGGCCAUUAGCGUUGGCCAUCAUUUCCUGCAUUGUCGCCGCCUCAACAGCAACAACAAGAGCAACAACAGCAACAACAAGAACAACAACAACAUCCUCCAUACCUGGCAAAUAUCAGGCUUAUGGCAACCAACAUCAGCCCAAGAAGCUGCGUCUUGGACUUGGAACUGGAAGUGGAGUUGGUCAGGGAGCUGGAGCCUCUGCUGGCAAUUCGAGUGCUGUGGAUGUCACAGCCAAUAAACCUGUAUUCCGGCAAAAUCCGAUCAAGAAUUGGUUUGGCGUCUUUAAUCGCAAUAAUUCGCCGCCGGCUCAAGAACAAACAGCGACAUGUUCUUGCAGAUGUGGGGAGCGCAACGAUGAGUCGAGAAUCGUGGGGGGCACCACGACUGGCGUCAGCGAGUAUCCCUGGAUGGCCAGACUGAGCUACUUCAAUCGCUUCUACUGCGGCGGUACGCUGAUCAACGAUCGCUACGUGCUGACGGCGGCGCACUGCGUCAAGGGCUUCAUGUGGUUCAUGAUCAAGGUGACCUUUGGCGAGCACGAUCGUUGCAAUGACAAGGAGCGUCCCGAGACGCGAUUUGUGCUGCGCGCCUUCAGCCAGAAGUUCAGUUUCUCCAACUUUGACAAUGACAUUGCGUUGCUGCGUCUCAAUGAUCGCGUGCCGAUCACCAGCUUCAUCAGACCCAUUUGUCUGCCCCGUGUGGAGCAGCGUAAUGAUUUGUUUGUGGGCACUCGUGCCAUUGCCACCGGCUGGGGCACGCUCAAGGAGGAUGGCAAACCCUCGUGCCUGUUGCAGGAGGUGGAGGUACCAGUGCUGGAUAACGAUGAGUGUGUGGCCCAAACGAAUUAUACACAAAAAAUGAUCACCAAGAAUAUGAUGUGCUCUGGCUAUCCCGGUGUUGGUGGGCGUGACAGCUGUCAGGGUGACUCUGGUGGUCCCCUCGUCCGUCUGCGUCCCGAUGACAAACGCUUCGAGCAAAUUGGCAUCGUCUCCUGGGGGAACGGAUGUGCGCGGCCAAAUUAUCCCGGUGUCUAUACCAGAGUCACCAAGUAUCUCGAUUGGAUUGUGGAGAACUCACGGGAUGGCUGCUUCUGCGAUGAGGAUUACUAAUUAUUGCCCUAGCUGCAUUCUCUGCAUUCAGCUUUUAGUUUAUAGCUCUCUAGUUUGUAGUAUUAUCUCUAUGAAAACUUUUGUACUUUGGUGCGAUAAGGAAACAAAAAACACAAAACAACUGAAUAAAGUUAACACUAAAGUAGGCUAA